GUUCAAUAUCUUAACCACUGUAACGAAUAUUUUUAUUCUCUGACAACGCCAAACAAACUGACUUGAAGUUGCAGCAAUGAUGAUGUCGACGCUAGUUCCAGGAGUGGGCCAGGUGGGAAGAUAAACCGGAAUUCGGAGACUGGCGAGUACGUUAUAAACAGCUUUCAGUAUGGCGUCCAGAAGCGACACAGGGGUAUCUGAAGUUUCCGGGGAGAAUCUGGACCUUGCCCAAUAUCAUUACGAGGGUUUGACCACCAGGUGGUGGAAGUAGAGGAUAUUGGGUCGGAGGCCUCCAAGAGCGAUGGAGCUGGGAUACUGGCAAGCGGAACCGGAAGUCCCGACGAGCUGUUGCUUCUGGAGAGCGAUUGCACAAUCCCUUCCCGCGAAGACAGCGAUCUUAGUGUGGAGAGUCGGAAAGGACGAAGUGGGGCCGGGUCGCAUGUCGGUAGUGACCACCAAGAGGCUCUCGAGGUGUCUCCGCUUGAAGACCAUGCAGGUUCACACGCUAACGAUCGGACAGGAAAACGCGACUCGCGCAGUAGCAGGCAGUCCACUUCUUCUGAGCUGCGUCUUCACAUUGCCCGGAUGCAGAGUGCAGACGAGGGAAAAAAGACGGCAGCGAAGAAAAAGAGAUAAAGAGGUGGCACUUCUUCGUCGGAAAAUGGAAGACGACAGGAGGCGAAAGGGAUUUGAGCUUGUGCCGGGGUCCCGUGAAAGGCGCGGUGUGAUACGGGCGUUCCUGACAGAGGAAGAGAAAAUGGCGAUGGAGAGUCAACAGAAAGAUCUAGCUCGAGAGUCAGAGGAAAUGAUUUCAAAAAUAAAAUCAAAACAUGGAAUUCCGAAGGACAAAGAUUCGUCUCCUAAAGUGGUAGACAUGGCCAGGGAGUUCUACAGCAGUAAAGAGCUGCCAAACGAGCUGUUGCCUGACCACAUACGGCUGAAUCUCACCACCGAGGAAAUCAGGGACCUGAAGCUGGUGUUUGACAUGUUCGACGUCAAAGGAAGAGGCUUCAUCAUCUCCUACGACCUCAAGAAAGCAGCUGGGAUGCUUGGUUUCACAGCUAAGAAACAUGUCUUUAAGGAAAUGAUAGACGAGCUUUCCUCAGAUCACAAAGGGAAGGUCACCUUUAUCAACUUCUUGGAGUUUAUCAUCAAGUCCCAGGGCGAGGGACCAGAUCCAUACGAGGAGAUCAUACAGUGUUUCCGUCUCCUGGAUGUGGCUGGGAAAGGUUUCCUGACGUUCACCGACUUGCGGGAGGCGUCUGACCACGCCCAGGUGCGCUUGUCCAACAAGGCGCUGCGGGAGAUGCUGCAGGAGGCCGACGUCACCGGGGACGGUAGGAUCACCAGUGACGAGUUCGUCCACAUCAUGCUGCAGACAAACACCUUCAGGCUGACCAACAAAGGCAGGACAAGGCUAAAGUGAUACAGUAAAGAUUGACCAACACUCAAAAGUGACUCAUAUGAUGCUCGUGAUGCGUGUGAUUUCCAGACUGUCCUGUACAAAGAGGUUGCCGGCUCUUACACUGUGUCGAGUUGGUUUACCCUAUGAGUGCAAGAAACCUAUGAUUUUGACAUCGAAUCUCAGUUCGCUCUGAUUAUGUUUCUAGACCCGUGAAGAUCCGGGUUUAGAAUUGGUCUUCAGCAACACAUUCUUGCCGUAGGAGGCGACUAACGGGAUUUGGUGGUCAGGCUCGCUCACUUGGUUGACACAUGUUAUCGUAUGCCAUUUAGAUGCUCAUGCGGUUGAUGCUUGAUCCAAUUCCGAGGCGCCUCCUAGUGGGCUAACCUGAGACAAUUCUGAGCCGCCUCCUAUUGGGCUAAAGCCGAGGCUUUAAUUUGUACAACUGACGUUUUGUUUGUCACUUUUACGUCAGUAUGUGAGUGUCGAAACUUCUGGCCUCUCUCGGUAGCAGAGUCAAGUUCAGACUGAUGCACUGAAAACGGAACCUGGCAUUUUACGAGCGCAUCAUGCUGCUUCACAAUCAUCAAUCUUAACUUUAAUAUGAUAUUUUUGCAGGAUCAUAUUUCCAUUGUUUUUCUUCUGAAUUACAACAAUACAUAAAUUUUCCAGCUACUGUUUUAUGUAUUUUAGUACAGAUAAUGCUUACUGAUGAGCUAUGUUACAUAUGUUGACAAUAGCAAGGAAUUUAAUAUUAUAUUUAUGUUAUGUAAUUGUAAUUUUGGUCCGAUCUGUAUGUAAAG